GAGAAACGCUGUUCCUUUCCUUCUAGAUAAACCAGUCGAGAGGCGCUGCUGGCAUUGGCCGUGGUGAAGCGCCCUCGAUCAGGAAAGGGGAAAAAAAAAAGGAACAAAAACGCGAAACCAGGAGGAGAAGAUGGAGGAAGGAGAGGAGGAUGACAUGACAUGUGGAGACUUGGGAAACGGCCUCGGGAGACGACCCGGAGGUGUUUAUGAAGGGGAAAACUUACAAAAUCCCUAUUCCAUUAGAUCCAGGAAAGGAUCUCGAAAGGCUUGUAAUUCCCUUUUGUCAGCAAAGGGAACGGAAGAAAGUGAUGCUGCAGCUCUUCCUGGUCUAAAAGGAAAUACUUUUUAUGAUGGAUCACUCAGAAAACCUGCUGCAAGUUCCACGAGACAGAACAGCUGUGAAUCUAAUACUGAAAUGUCCAAUGAAGAACUAAAGCAACGACUUCAGGAAGCUCUAGAGGAAGCUGAAAUUUUGAAAGUUGAGCUUGAAGCGUGUCAAAGGCAGCUUGAAGGAAAAGAUGAAGCCCUGAGAAUCUUGCAGAGCAUGGCAGUAUUUAAUAAAGCCACUAGUCAUACAAAAGCAAUGCUUCAAAAAACUGAGGAAGAAAAGAGGACUUUAGAGAAGGAAAUAAAUAUUUUGCAAUGGGAAAUUGAAUUUGAUCAGGAUAGAUUUAAAAACAUAGAAGACACGUGGACAGAAAAAUAUGACAGGAUAUACUGUGAGAAUGCAGCUUUUAAGGAAGCAUUGAAACUGAAGACAGAAGAAAUUAAAACACUUAAAGCGGAAAAUGCAAUCCUGAAUCAGCAGUGCUUGGAAUUCCUUGCAAUGCUCAAUGUGAAACAACAGAAAGUUGUUCAGGAGAACAUGUCGCUGAAUAAAAGAGACAUUACUGAUUUUACGGGUCUUGAACUGGCAGUUCUCGGGGCCUGCACCUGCAGCACGUCCGAGGGGCAGCCGUGCCCCUGUGCCAAGGUGGCAGCUCUCACCAGGAAACAGCUCCUGCAUCUCAAGGAAGAGACUGAAAAUCUGAAGAAGAGUAAGGAUGAAGCGUUUCUCGUGGCAGAUGCCUUCAGAAUUGCCUUUGAGCAGCAGCUGAUGCAGAGGAAGGACCAGGCCCUGAGACUUGCAGAAGGGAUAAAGAUGAAGAAGGAAACUAAAUUUGCAAACUGGAGGCGUCUGAGGGGCACUGAGCGCCUCAAGUUCCAAGCCAACCAGAGCAAUCUGGGUCAGAAGCUGUCCAGCCUGCUCUCCUCGGGUGGGGACUGCAGGAGGGUCGAGGAGCUGGACAACCCCCAGGAGAUCCUGAAGAUGCUGAUAGAUCUGGUGAACGACAAGGAGGAGGCCCUGGCCCACCAGAGGAAGGUCAGCUACAUGCUGGCCCGUGCCCUGGAGGCGAAGGAGGGUGUUUUGGGACGGGGAGAAGGGACGGGACCGUCGUGCCCCACUCACAGCUGUGGCCGCAGCCCCCCUCCCCAGAACAGCAUCCCCUCGGUUCCCAGCACGGACACUCAUGGAAAUCCUGCAAAACCCCUGCGCAAGGCUCUGUCCUGGCCCUCGGGCAGGGGGGCCCCUCUGUAGCCACAUGAGGGACCAGGUGGGUUUGUAAAAGAGAAACACUUUGUGGAAGUGCCACAAACCGCCCCGUGAUUGCGUCAGUGUGAGGGUGCCGAGGCCGGGAGAGCCUGGAGACCUCGCUGUGCUGAGAGGGGCAGGGUUGGCCAAUGUAGGGGUGAUUUAAAACUGGAUGGUGUGUUUGUGGGCUGCCUGAGCCCUCCCCUGCCCUUGCCUGGCCCCACAUU